GGAAGAAACCUGUAGGCGCGCAGAGGAAAAAGGAAAACGAGUUUAUGAAGUUCCGUCGGAGAGCCCCUACCGUUUUAUUUCCCUAUAUAAAGGAUUGAUUGAUUUGUAGCAUGGUGAAAGAUACCCAAAAGAAAAACGAAAAAACCUAAACUUUUUUUUUUGCUGUUCCAUCGAUCCUUGUUUUUUGAAGAUCAAUGAAGAUGAUGAUCUCAAAUCUUCCAACGGAAUUAGUAGAAGAGAUACUCUCUAGGGUUCCGGUAACAUCUACAGGAGCAGUGCGAUUGACUUGCAAAAAGUGGAAUACUUUAUCUAAAGAUGAGAGCUUUACAAAGAAACAUCUUGCUCAAGUAGUAGUGAGAAGAGAAGUGGAGCAGCUUCAGGCGAUUGUGUUGCUCAAUUAUAGUCUUUAUCCGAUGAGCAUCGAUCGAAUUCACUACAAUGACUUUGACCCUUCUGUGAAGUUUAGAGCUAAUCUUGUUAGCCUAAACGAUUCUGAUAAACUCGUCAUCACUCGAGUGUAUCACUGCGAGGGUUUAGUGUUAUGUCUCACGGAAGACUACACUAGGCUCGUGGUUUGGAACCCGUAUACAGGGCAAACUCGGUGGAUCCGUGUGGAACUCAGAUCCGAUAAGCACAGAGGGAUCUGGUAUAAUCAUGCUCUCGGAUACGACAAGAGCAACAACCAUAAAAUCCUGAGAUAUUUAAAUGUUCCCGGCGCCAUGUAUGUGCACGAAAUCUACGAUUUAAACUCUAGUUCAUGGAGGGUUCUUGAUGUCACUCCAGACUGGGAUGUGCAGUUUGAUAACUAUGGCCUGUCUUUGAAGGGAAACACGUAUUGGUAUGCUACAGAUAAGGUAUCCCGAGAAGACAUUCCUGAUUUCUUACUCUGUUUCGAUUUUACUACAGAAAGGUUUGGUCCGCGUCUGCAUCUGCCUUUUGAUUCUUAUAGUGAAGAUGCAGUGGUUUUAUCUAGUGUUAGAGAAGAGCAGCUUGCGGUGUUGUAUCAGCACUGUGAAACACAUGAGAUGGAGAUUUGGAUUACGAACAAGAUUGAGCCCAAUGCAUUGUCCUGGAGCAAGUUCUUAGCGGUGGAUAUGGAUCCACUCACAGGGUUUCGGUUCUAUAGCGGUGGCAGUUUCCUCGUUGACGAGGAGAAGAGAGUUGUGGUUGUUUUUGAUGAAGAUAAAAACGUAUCGGAAACCAAUCGCAACACAGCUUACUUCAUUGGAGAAAAUGGUUACUUCAGAGAAGUGGAUCUCGGAGAAAUUACAACAGCCAGAGAGAUCUUCCCGCAUGCUUUCUCUUAUGUUCCAAGUUCUGUGUUCUUUGAGUCUGAAUCUGAUGAGAAACGUUAAAAACUUUCUUACCUUUUGGCAUCAACUUUGCUUGGUUAUAUAAGACUCAUGUCUUCUGCUUUAUCAGAACAUUAGCUGGCAAGUGGUCUAAAUCGUCACUCAACCAGCUACGCUUUGUUUUCAUUCUUCCCGUAUGGCCAUGAUUUCUUGAAGAGUAUCCGGACAAUCAUGCUGUGAAACAGAUACGCUACUGCAGGGUCAGUACUUGAAAGAUGGGGAAGAGCUCGUUUCAGCUUUCAAUAUCUUCAAG